AAUAUCCGUGUGAUUUGUUCUCGUAUAUAAACAAACGGAUAAGCCGCACACGCUUUAGUAUUAAAAAGUCAUUAGGAGAAACAGAAGGAAAAAGAGGAACGAGACGAAAGAAACAAGAUUAUUACAAGAUUUAAUAAACAUUUGGUCAUGGUGCGAGCAGAAAGAGAGACGAUAAACAAGGUUUUUUUACAAACUUUAUUUCAAAACGAUCGUGUAUUACUUAAAACUGUGCUUGAGGGUACGACCCGUACAAAGUCAUCCUGUCUGAAGCAAAUACUAACGUCCAAAGAUAAUCUAAACGGUUUCACUCCGCUGCAAUAUGCAUGUUUGAAGGGACAGGCUGUCACGGCUUCCAUGUUAAUUGAUACGGGAAGUACUGAAAUCAAUGAUACAGGUAAAUAUGGCUGGACGUCUUUGCACGCAGCCGUAUACAGUGGAGACUUUCGUACUGUACAAGUUUUACUGCAGUCAUGCGCAGAUUGCUUUGCGAAGGACGAGAAUGGGAAUUUGCCUAUCGAUUAUGCUCGUGAUGCCGAAACACGAAAAGUUCUUAACAAAGCUAUGAAACGAAAAAAUCUAGAACGUUUUAACGAGUUACAAGACGAUCUCGAAAAUCAAUCGAAAACAAAUCGAGCCAAUCGAAGAAGUCAAUCAUGCUUUCCGAAUAUCUCACUUCAAACGUUGCACGAACUAAAAUCAUCACUUUCUUCAGAAGAAGAAAUAACUUCAAGUGUCCAACAAGAAAAAUUGAGAAAAGUUUUAAAGAAAUGGAAAACGUAUACAGAUUUAUCGUUGCAGUCUAUUUCAUAGGAAUUUUAUACGUAAUAUAUCAUAUAUACAAGCCUUUUUUUCGCUGGCACAAAGUUUAAAGCCAGCCUUUAGAGGAUUUAUUUUUAAAUAUUUACGGUAUCUCUUGUAGAAAAAAAACACCCUACACGUCCUCUUUUACGCCAUGUUGGAAAUAUAUAAGGCCAAAUGUUUUUAUCAUGAUAGGUUAACAUUAAUUUUUUCGGUGCGGUAAAAAAGUAUUAGCGAUGUUCUGAAACCGGGAGUGUCAUUUAUAUUUGUCCCCUCUCAUAAACAAAGUGUUUAAAUUUUGACAAGUUAAAAAAUUAAUUUAUUGAUAUAGAUAUAUAUGUACAGAACAUAUAAGUUUAUGAACGGUGUAUAUAUCUGCUAUGUAUUUUUAUAUGUAUAUAUGUAUGUUUAUACUUUGUACAUAAAAGAAUUUGUUUAAGAAAUAUCAAGAAACAGUAAAUAAUUGUUUGCAGUCAGAUUAAUUUCACUGA